AUGUCACUAGAAUUGUACACUAAAAGACUCAACGAAAUCGUUCGUCCAUCAGGGGACGUUAAAGAACAACUUUUGUCAGCAAUCAAGGACAUCGCAGCAAAAAUAGAUCAUCUAAAAGAAAUAAUCUUUCUUUCAGAAAAUUGUGAGAUCUCUCAUUUUUGUCACGCGUCUGAAGAUCUAAAAGUUCGCAUGGAAAAGUUGUUUGAGGGAGUAUCAAAAAAUCAAGAACAGAUGGUGGGCCUACUUCCUAAAGUAUCCCCUUUGCACGAUGUAGCAUAUCCAGUAAUACAAGAAUGUGAAGCCUUAACAAAGCAAUUGAGGAUCUUGGAAUUCGCUGAACACUUGUCAUUUCUUGAGUCUGGUGUAUUAUCUGCUAGGAUAAUUAAUGACAAAGACACUCAAAUUGGCUCAAUUAAACAAUAUUUUUCUUUCCUUAAUACUCAGUUAUCGACUGAUCCGGACAUUUUGCCCUCUAUUUUGGAACAAUCUCAACAGCAUGAAACAUGUUUAGAUUCCUUGUCAUAUUUAAUGACGGAUUUUGAGUGCUUAUUAAAGAAACUAAAUUUUCCUGUUAUUAUAUCUGAAGUUCUUGAGGAAGGAGGAUUACAAACGUGGUGUGAUGAUGAUUUGCAAUUAUUCUCAAAUGACUUUCAAGCUCUUUCUACAUUCGAUAUUUCUCAUCUAAAUAUUUUAAUAUCGAAACCGUUACUAAUAGAUAUAUGCUUUCCAAUGCAUAUUAUUCUGGCUCCUAUGGAAAAACGUUUUCGUUAUCACUUUUGUGGCUCGCAGAAGACAAACAGGAUCGAUAUGCCUGAAUGGUACAUGUCACAAGUUCUUCAGUGGAUCCGAACAAAUGAUUAUUUUGUUACAGUGGUCGAUCGUGAUUUUAUCUCUGACAAAGACAAUACUCCUGUUAGCGUCCGAUUGCAGCUCAUGCGCGGUUUGGUCACAUUGCUAUUAGACAAGCUACACUAUGACCUUGGUCUAUCUGCUUUUAUGCCAGUACGAUUUGGUUGCCAAUUUCAAAUGCGACGUUCUAAUUCUGAAAUAGAAAGUUGUCCUAUGGAUUCUAAUCCCGGUAAUAGUUCCAGUAGUGAAUUGCUAGAAAAUGCACAAAAUUUCAGCCACUUAAUUGAUGUCAUAUUACAGACAGAUGCGAAAUUAACUCAGCUAGCAUAUCCAAACGAUUAUCCUAAACCGAGUGACGUGCUUUCACAUCCCAAAGUUUUUUCACGUUGGCUUUUACUAGAACAGCGUUUAGCUUCUGAUAGAUUAAAGCUUGUCCUCGGAAAUUUCUCAUCUUGGUCUGUUGUUGACGAAACUGAAAAGCGGCCCCAAUGUGUCGAUGAUUUCAUUGCACUUCUUCAUGCUGUAGGUUUUAGAAGUCGACAACUAUCUGACAAAAUAUCACGGGCUAGAUUUGUCCAAAUUCAGUUGAAUUUAAUUCGUGAAUUUUUUAAUUAUAUCGUGUUGUCAGCACGUCGGAAAUUCGAAAAUAAUGACUUAAAUGACCUUGGUCAGUCAAAAAACAAGUCUGAAGUUAGCAAUGCUAAAACUACAAUGUUUGGAAGUUUGUUUUCAUCACGUAGUCGCUCGCCAGAUGCUAGUUCAGAAACUAAGAAGAUUUCAAUCAUCAAUCAGUUAUUCAAUUGUUUUGUUGAUGGGAUUGGCCAGCAAUUAUCUUCUCGCUGGAUAAUUGUGUUGAAUGCAAUCAAAUGUCUUCACGAUGUGAUGUUGGAAUGGGCCAAUGAUCAAUAUUAUGUGACAUUUUGGGAAGAUUUAAGCACUCGUGCCUUAUUACAACUUGGAGAUCCUUGGCUAAUUGAUAUUGGUCUUUGUCCUCUUGUUACCGAUGGAAUAGUAAGUGAGUCAGAACAAAAUGAAAAUGAAACAUUUGACGAGUUGCACUCUUCCAAUACUUACCUUGGUUUACAUGGUGGUGUUUUCACUCAGAUGCUAAGAUUGUACGAUGGUGAAAUUAAAAAUAUGUUGAAAGAAACAGUCGAUUUAACAUUGACAGAUUUAAAAAGUAAAUCUUUGGUAUAUGUUUAUGCAACUGAUCACUGGCUUCGGGCUAGUUCUGUAUCCGGUUAUUUAAGUAAUACGAAAAGUGAACUCUCCAAUUUAAUGAUGUCAACUAAUGCGCCAGCAUUCUUUCUUGCAUUACGUGACUGGUUGUAUCAUUUGUCAGAAUCAUUACAUCCAAAACUUUUCACACACGUAUGGAAAGAAAUUGCAUCACAAUUGGAUGAUUAUUUGUAUAAUGAGGAAAGUUAAAGGAGAACUGCAAGACUUAUCAUAAAAAAUACGUUGUACAAGCUGUAAACAACCUGGUAUAUGUGUGAAAAAAUACCUCAUAUUAAUCAGCGCAAGUUGUUAACAUUAAAUUUGCUUUAUUCAGAAAUUUUUAUGGCUGAAUAAACUAAGCAAAUUAAGCAUCAACUAAUCUAAUUCAUCAGCUGAGUGUAAACGUUUUACCGAACUCCAAGUCUAAAUAUUAGUGUGAUCAUGAGAUUAUUACCUUAUUAAUUCGACAAUAAAAGCUAAGCUUGCUUGGAGAACCGAUGGACAACAUCUAGCUCAUAAAUCUUUAACAGUGCACAUUCUAUGUAAAUCAAAAACAAUGUUCAGCAGUCCUUUUGGCUCUGAAUCAUUCCACUAACAAUUUAUAGUUAGAAUUUACAUUAUUUAAAUAAUUUCAUGCUCCACGAGAAAAACACCUUUUUUC